AUGAGUGAUGAAUUUCCUGUGCCAAAACCUAAAUAAAGAGUUGAAGGGAAUGUGUUACCUGAGGAGGAAUACUUGAGAAGAUUAGAAAUUAUUAUCAAAAGAGACUAUUAUCCUGAAUUAUACAAACUAGACAAAAUGAGAAAUGAAGAUGGAAAUCCCGAUGAAAAUAUGUCGUUAAGUAAAUUUCUGAGUACUUAUACUUCAGACGAAAAUGUUACCUUAAAUCAAAUAAUUAAGAAGGGUGAUGAUUAAUGGUAUUAGAAACAUGCAUGGAUGUUUUAAGUGGAAGAAUAACAUAGACUUAAAUAAGCAGCACUUCAAUCUGAUAAAUUAUAGCAUAUGAUUGAAGGCAACAGAGAAAACAACCUCCAAUUAAAUGAAUACAAGGCUUUGAAUCCAUUGUAUUUUAGAAUGGACCCUAGAAAUGAAAGACUACAACCAGAAAUCUAAGAACUCAAAGAAACAGACAAUUCAUUGAAUUUGUAAAAAGUGGAAAUCCAAAACACCAGAUUUUCUGAUCACCAUAAGCCCUUAGAUUUUGCAAUCAAUUAAAUAGAUUAGAAAUUGCAAAAGAGAAAACUUCAGGAAUGCUUAAAUGCAUAGGGUGUUUAAGUUUUUUAUGGAAGCACCCCCAAUUUGGUCGGAGCCUAGAGGUUUGAGGAUGAUGACAUGCUUGGUCUCUUUUCUCCUGCUCCUCAAAACAUGAAAACUCCUUUGAUGACUUGGGGAGAAUUGGGUGAGACUCCAGUGUAGUUGGAUAGAUCCUACAUGAUUCCCCCGAGUUCUUAAAGAGACAAAGUAGGAUCCAAUCUAACAUAACAAUUGAAUAUUAAGAAAAGGAAUGAAUAAAAAUAAUAAGAAGAGUGGUUGAAGAGGAGAUUGAGUUCCAUUACACCUUAUAGAGUUGGCAGUUCAAUGUCUUCUAGAGUUAGUUCUGAGAUGAUUAAGAAUUUCCUUGAUAGAAGAGGUUCAACCAAUCAUUUCACUCCCAUGGGCCCCAAGAGCAAGAACAUCAAAAAACAACAACCACAACAACAAUGA